ACUGUUGUACACAGAGCCGGGCUUGGUGGCGUCAAUGGGAAGCGUGCGAGACAGUGGCAAAGCGAGUUACGGUCUAGAGUGAAAUCCGCAGGCUGCACCAUGCUCUCCAGGUCCAUCCCGUGCGUGUGGAUUACAUUUUGCCUUCAUCUCUGCUGCUACGUGGACAGCGGGGACGCACAAAACGCGAAAGAAGUGAUUCUGCUGGACUCCAAGGCACAGCAGACAGAACUGGAGUGGAUCUCCUAUCCUCCCAACGGGUGGGAAGAAAUCAGCGGCUUGGAUGAGAACUACACACCUAUCCGCACGUACCAGGUUUGCCAAGUCAUGGAGCCCAAUCAGAAUAACUGGCUUCGGACUAACUGGGUAGAGAAGGGCGAUGCUCAGAGAAUUUUUGUGGAACUGAAGUUCACCCUGAGGGAUUGUAACAGUUUGCCUGGUGUGGUCGGCACGUGCAAGGAGACGUUCAACUUGUAUUACCAGGAAACGGAUUCAGAGGUGGGCAGGAACUUACGGGAGAACCAGUACGUGAAAAUCGAUACGAUCGCUGCAGACGAAAGCUUCACUCAGGGUGACCUGGGCGAGAGGAAGAUGAAGCUGAACACAGAAGUGCGCAUAAUUGGCCCCCUGUCCAGGCGGGGCUUCUACCUGGCCUUCCAGGAUGUAGGGGCGUGCAUCGCCCUGGUCUCUGUCAAAGUUUACUACAAGAAGUGUUGGUCUAUCAUCGAGAACCUGGCCACAUUCCCCGACACCGUGACGGGAUCAGAGUUCUCCUCACUGGUGGAGGUCCAGGGCAUGUGCGUGAGCGACGCAGAGGAGGAGGCCGACAACUCUCCCAAGAUGCACUGCAGCGCCGAAGGGGAAUGGCUGGUGCCCAUUGGGAAAUGUAUAUGCAAGGCUGGAUUUCAUCAGAAGGGAGAUGCGUGUGAACCAUGCGGUCGUGGUUUCUACAAGUCUUCCUCCCAGGACCUUCAGUGCUCUCGCUGUCCAGCGCACAGCUUCAACGACCGCGAGGGCUCCUGGCGCUGCGACUGCGAGGACGGUUACUACCGAGCACUCUCUGACCCUCCGUCUGUGGCCUGCACAAGACCUCCCUCGGCGCCACAGAACCUGGUCUACAACAUCAACCAGACCACUGUUAGCCUGGAGUGGAGCCCGCCGGCCGACACAGGCGGCCGCAAUGAUGUCACCUACAGGGUAAUAUGCCGGCGCUGCAGCUGGGAACCUGAGGAGUGUGUUCCGUGUGGGCAGAAUGUGGGAUAUUCUCCUGCACAGUCAGGAUUAGUGGACACCUACGUGACCAUCAUGGACCUGCUUGCCCACGCCAACUACACGUUUGAGGUGGAGGCUGUCAAUGGGGUCUCGGACUUGAGCCGCACACAGAGGCUGUUUGCAGCGGUGAGCAUCGCCACUGGUCAAGCAGCUCCAUCCCAGGUCAGCGAGGUCAUCAAGGAGAAGGUGCAACAGCGCAGCAUCCAGCUCUCCUGGCAGGAGCCGCAGCAGCCCAACGGCGUCAUCACGGAAUAUGAAAUCAAAUACUAUGAAAAAGAUCAGAAGGAUAAGAUUUACUCCACGGUGAGGUCCAAGUCCACAUCGGCCACAGUGAACAACCUGAAGCCCAGCACGGCCUAUGUGUUCCAGAUCCGGGCCUUCACUCAUGCGGGCUAUGGGACCUUCGGCCCCAGACUGGAGAUAACCACCAAGGAGGAGGCCACAGCUGCGAUUGUCUCCAGCGAGCAGAACCCCGUCAUCAUCAUAGCAGUGGUCGCCGUGGCGGGAACCAUCAUCCUGGUGUUCAUGGUGUUCGGCUUCAUCAUCGGGAGAAGGCACUGCGGGUACAGCAAAGCGGAUCAGGAGGGAGAUGAGGAGCUCUACUUCCAGUUCAAAUUUCCAGGCACCAAAACCUACAUCGACCCUGAGACGUACGAGGACCCAACCAGGGCUGUCCAUCAAUUUGCCAAGGAGCUGGACGCCUCCUGCAUUAAAAUCGAGCGGGUUAUUGGAGCAGGAGAGUUUGGGGAGGUGUGCAGCGGCCGGCUCAAGCUGCCGGGAAAGCGGGACAUGUCGGUGGCGAUCAAGACGUUGAAGGUGGGCUACACGGAGAAGCAGAGGCGGGAGUUCCUUUGCGAGGCCAGCAUCAUGGGACAGUUUGACCAUCCCAAUGUUGUUCAUUUGGAAGGUGUGGUGACAAGAGGAAAACCAGUCAUGAUUGUCAUCGAGUACAUGGAGAACGGCUCAUUAGAUGCUUUCCUCAGGAAACACGAUGGUCAGUUCACAGUCAUCCAGUUGGUGGGGAUGCUGCGGGGCAUUGCGGCGGGAAUGAGAUAUCUUGCCGAUAUGGGAUACGUCCAUCGAGACCUGGCUGCGCGAAACAUCCUCGUCAACAGCAAUCUCGUGUGUAAAGUGUCGGACUUCGGCCUGUCCAGGGUGAUCGACGAUGAUCCGGAGGCUGUCUAUACAACAUCUGGGAAGAUGCAGGAUGUUAUGAAUUUGAUCUUUGCUCCAGCCACUGACCUGCGUUUUUAUGGACAGGGCGGCAAAAUACCUGUGAGGUGGACCGCCCCCGAAGCCAUCCAGUAUCGCAAAUUCACCUCCGCAAGUGAUGUGUGGAGUUAUGGUAUAGUCAUGUGGGAGGUGAUGUCCUAUGGGGAACGGCCUUACUGGGACAUGUCCAAUCAAGAUGUCAUUAAAGCGAUAGAGGAGGGCUACCGUCUUCCAGCCCCAAUGGACUGUCCGGCAGGGCUGCAUCAGCUAAUGCUGGACUGCUGGCAGAAAGACAGAGCCGAGCGGCCCAAAUUUGAUCAGAUAGUUGGCAUCCUCGAUAAGAUGAUCCGCAACCCCAACACCUUGAAAACCCCAGUGGGAACGUGUACAAGACCAAUUAGUCCACUGUUAGAUCAGAGCACACCAGACUUCACCGCUUUCCGCUCCGUGGGAGAGUGGCUGGAAGCCAUCAAGAUGGAACGAUACCGAGACAACUUCACAGCGGCUGGCUACAGUUCCCUGGAAUCUGUGGCCAGGAUGUCAAUCGAGGACGUGAUGAGCUUGGGGAUCACGCUGGUGGGCCAUCAGAAAAAGAUCAUGAGCAGCAUACAGACAAUGAGGGCCCAGAUGCUCCAUCUCCACGGCACCGGUGUCCAGGUGUGACUGGGACCGGGCCACCUCGGGCAGGGGCGAUCACGGCAAACAGAGCGUACCUGGAGCAGCGCCUGGGACGUUUUACCAGGAUCUUCAAAGUAAACAGACAUCUGUUAUGUCUGACUCUUCCGGCUGUGUCCGGAGUGAAAUCAUUCCUUUGUUCCUCAGUGAAGGAUUGUGGUCCGCAUCUUCAGAGGGCACUAAAGAGAGGAAAAGGGCAACAAAAAACAAAACAGUAACAAAAAAAGAAACUACCUGGACUUCUUUGUUCUUUUCUUGUUUGUUUUUGAGGCGCUUACAGACUCAACCACAUAUCAAAUGGCACAUCGGAAAGGAGUUUGACGCAGAUGUUCCUUGAACUUAAUGAGUGAUUUGAGUGCACACAGCGGCCAUGGAUUUCCUUUCACGAGAACAAAAACAUCUUGCAAUGGUUUCACUUUCUUUGUUUUUCUAUCUGUUCAUUUUCUUUGUAUCUGCCACAGUGACAUGUUGUGGCGCAUGCAGCAAUGCUUUUUGCUCUUCUAUCUAGACUUGACAACAGGGUAAACUCCUCUUUUAUCCAAAACGGAGGGAAAUCUCUCGGCACAGAUCCCAACGUCCCCGUCUGUGCUGAGACACGCCGGGCUGUUUGAACUAUUUGCAGUGGUUGGUGUUUUCAUGCUAUCCUCACGUGCUUGUGUGCGGCCGACUGGAGUUUUUGACGUGGUGUCAACCUUUCACAUUUUUGUAUUUAGUAAUUUUCCCAAGAGUGCAACACUCGAGGAGACGGAAGAUGUGAACUCUUCUUUGAAUCACAAGACUCUUUUUCUUUAUCCGAGUAGCAAUAUCCUUUGUCUUAGUGUUCACUACAGGAAACACACAAACCAUUACUUGGUUGUUGAGUAGAAUGUUUUAGCACUGUUGAAAGAUUGUAUUGAAAUUGAAGCCAACGCAUAUUGUUUUGCCAUGAUUUUGCCUAAAAUGUUGCACACAGGAAUUUGUAAGGGUGGAUCCAAGAAAAGUGUAGACGUAAUACUGCCUUAAAAUACGUUACAUUCAUUUUGCCACUAUUUUAGGCACUUCAAUGGCAACGCUUUUUGCGAUUCAUUAUUAUUUUAAUUUUUUUUUCUUUCUAUCUUGAACUUGAACAGACAUGGUUUAACGCCACAAGCGGCACAGUCAGCGAAGAAGAGAUGAAUUUAACAGAGCAAUAAUUACCAGGUAGAAAUGGUCCUCACCUGAAAUUCUGAUUUUUUUUUAAGGUGCUAGGUAUAAACACAUGCGAGUGCUGUGCUGAGACAAACCCUUUGGAAAGAUUCAGUCACCGCUGGAAAGGAAAGGGAUGUACCUCUUUAACCUAAGAACGGUUUUGGAACGUGGUCAGACACAUACAAAAAAAAGAAAGAAACUGCUGUGCCAAGUCAUCAAAUGAAAUAAUCAUGUCGUACUUUGCCACUAUGAUAAGCUGGAGGUUUGAUGAGAACCGAACAUGGCAGGGAAAUGUUUAACUGAGUGGCUGCAGAGAUGAAAGAGGCAACUUUCGAAACACAAGAAAGGUGCCAAUUAGCCUUGCUGAUAUUAUCUUACACCAACGCACUGCCCAGAUAUCAAAGCGCCCCUUCAGGGUUUGGGUGUUAAAGUGCGGGAGCGUGUGUCAAGCACUGAUCAUGUCGCUUAAGUCCACGGCCCAAUGCAGCCACCUUUGUUUAUUCAUGCAUCUCCACCGCUCAUCCCUCACAGGCAUAAAUGGAACAUGCAUUAAAGUGUCUCUUGGGAUUGCUCCUCUUUUCUCCCAUACGCAUACGGUGUGUACUGAGAAUAGAGACGAGGGGGUUUUGCAGAAGACGUCGUCCUAAAAGCCAAUCAACCCAUUCGAUGCCAUCUGUCUCCACUUCACAUGCAAAAAAGGCGUGUUUCCAUGUUGAGUGUGCUUUUUGUGCAGUUUCAAUAAGAAAAAACACUUCACAGUAAACAGAAAAAAAAAAACAUUUGCAAUUUCUUGUAUUGCUCCUGCAGCCCGAGAUAUACAUCUAGAUAUUCACAGCUAAUUUUAUUAAAGUUCUUUAUUGAAUUUAUAUUUAAAUUCCACGAAAUUCUAAUCAAAUUUUAACACCUUUCUAGUGGGUAAAGCUGAACUAAUACGAAAAAAUUUGCAAAUAUUGUCGUGACAAUAAAUGUUAGUUUAAAGUGUACUGCACAAAUAGGUUAUCAAAUCACAUGAACAUUUCUUGAUCUCUCAGCUUUUGACCUGUAAAAUUAAAAAAAUGUGUGAACUUCAUCUAAAUUCUCAUUUAAAAUAUGGCUGAAUUGCAGAAGCAGAUUAGGUGCCUGCAGUGAACCACCACAGUAAUUCACAGUGUUGUACAGGUUAUUAUCUCUCUUUGACUUCAGUGCAGUAUUGCCCUGACUACAUAUAGAACUCUGUUAUUGUUUAGUGUCCAUGUGUGUAAACUUUGCUGUCCAGUGAUGUGGCCUCUUGUCCUGUGACGAUCACAGGUUGGAAUCCAGCCCUGCAGCUUCAGUGUGACCCGGUCAAUCACUGUGCCUGCACCAUUUAAUUAGGAACCAUAUUCAAAAUGAAACCAGUUAUUAGAGCCCACCAAAAAACAUUCAACUGUUCUAUUGAACAGGUGUUUUAGCAUGACCGGUUCACUACAAAGGACCUGAACACGCUCGAACGCACAUUCGGAAGCUUCAAACUGUAUUGGCCUGUCAUGGACGCACCUUCAGAUCCAUUGUCCCUGUGGGACUCGCGCUGAGCUGCUCCAAGCCCCCGUGUCACACACACAAACACACACAUCCUCACUUUAUCCAUACAGCAAAGCUCAGCAAUUGGGUCUUAGCCAGACCUUUGAAUUGAAUACCGGCAUAAAGUCAUUCAGUCAGCACAAAACUCCCCAGUUCACAGGCAGCACUCUGUCUCACCACCCCCCAUCCCGGCUCUGAUUUUCAAACCGGGCCCCUGGAGGCUUCUCACACCCUAAGGUAUAAUGCCUCUGAUCCCCUCUUUCCUCCCCCUGUGCUGGGAGAAACAGCAGUUUCGGCCAAAUUGAGAUUAAAUUGAUUCAUCGUCCAGGUCACCUGUCACCUUCACCAGCGAAGUCACUUUACUGUCUGUUUUAGCCUGUUUCAUCCCCCAUUCUCUUGAGCUUACUCAGCUUUGGACAAAGACAGGUUUUGCUGUGGCUGUAUUUUAGCAAAACGCACACACACACAUAAUCACAUAAAAGAUAAAACACAGGAACCUGCAGGAUGUAGGCCGUUGGUCAGAAUCAGGAAUCGCUGAUAGAGUAUGAAGUUAUUUUUCAAAUCUCGUGGUACAGCAGUUGGACUGAGUUUCACCGCCUUGGCGAAGUGGUGGAUAGUUCCAAAGAGUGCAGCACUGUUGAUUGUGUCAAACAGAGUCGAGAUGUGAGGGAAUCUUUGUAUAUGUUCUAAUUGUAAAACUUGUACAUUUUAUUUAUAUUGUUUUUUACACAUAUUACUCAGUAGAGAGCUCUGAAUACAUUGAAAAUGCACUAUAUUUUUAUAUCUUGCUGAUGAAUUAUUGUCACCCACAAGAUUUCAGUUGUACAUAAUUUCUCAUUUAGGACCAAAGACAGUUGAUAGGAUCUCCAUCUUUACUUUGACUUUGUCUAUUUUUUUGCCUUUUAGUUUGUUGUACAGUAAUACAAAUUGUCAAUGUAUUAUUUAUUUUUCUGUGAUGAAAGUAUUGAGAAUAUUCACUGGUCAAAAGUAUUUUCCCCCGACGGAAGAAGAUCAUUUAAUUAGACAAUUUCUUGUUACAUAGACAAUUCUUUUUGCUUUGUAACCUUUGUAAUAGACUGUACAUAUAUUUUUGGAAAUAUAAUACAAUCUCUAUAGAA